UGUCUGUGUGUGUGUGUGAGAGAGAGAGAGAGUGAGAGUUUGAUCCAUCCUCAUGUUUGAAAGUAGAUCCAGAGAGGCUCCACACAGCUGCAGUGUGACCUCCCACUCCCACUCCCACUCCCACGCUGGGUGUUAGUUGGAUGAGCAGUGGUCUGCAUGGAAAGAAGACAUUGAACCUCACUUUGAUUCGGAUCGGACUUAAGGAGCUUUCUGGUGGAAUGAGGCUUUGGACAUGAGACUGGAUGACUGGGUGACUGGGUGACUGGAUGACUGGAUGGAUGACUGGAUGGAUGACUGGAUGACUGGAUGAGGGAUGCUGCCAAAGUUGCCACUGCACGCCAGAGUUGUUCCACCGCGACAUUCCCACGCCGUCCAAGUGCUGCCUAGUGUCCCACGGAGAGGAUCUCAGGAAGGCUUUAGUGCGUGGACUUGAGGACACAUGGUCAUGCAUCGUGGACUCCGCGUCCUGCUGGCCGCGCUGCUGCUCCUGCACGCCGCCGCCAUGGCCGCGGUGGGCGGGCGUGUGAGGAAGAAGGCUCCCCGGGCCCGCUCGUGUCUGGACCUUCCCGAGGAGAUCCUGGAGCAGAUGUUCGGCCGCCUCUCAGUCGGCGUGCUGAGCGCCUUCCACCACGCCCUGCAGCUGGAGCCCCGGGACCCAGUCCACCUCAGCUGCCCCGGCACCAAGAGCUCCUCGUCGGCCGACAGCCAGAGCCGCCUGCCGGUCAACCUGCUCAGCGUCUCGCCCUGGGCGUACAGGAUCUCUUACGACCCCACCAGGUUCCCGCGCCACAUGCCGGAGGCCUACUGCCUGUGUCAGGGCUGUCUGACCGGACCUCAUCGCCAGGAGAGCGACCAGUACCGCAGCACACCCGUCUACGCACCCUCCGUCAUCCUCAGGAGGUCCGGUUCUUGUGUCGGGGGCCGCCACUCCUACUCUGAGGUCUACAUCUCCGUCGCCGUGGGGUGCACCUGUGUGCCCCUGCUGGACAAAGACCAGCUCGUGCAGAACGGCAACCAGAGUCUGGAGUCUUGGAGAACAGAGUCCAAAGCGGUCCGCUCCUUUCCGGCAGCGGCAAGCAAACGAGCGGACGGAAGAUAAGUCCGUUUUGAUGACCUCGUCCCAAUAAGACAGACUCAAAUCAGAUCAUAUUUCGCGUUAAACGCAAACUUAUACUAGAUCCAAAAGUUGUAUCCGUCGUUCAGACUUUAAGAAGAUAAUGUUCAUCUUGUUUGUGGUUGUUGUUGCUUGCAGUGCUCUGGAAACUGUGCUGUCUAAGCAUUUGGUUAGCUACAUGAGAGGGUAGCUACGUGAGAGGGUAGCUA